AGAAAAUUAAAUAUCACACCUUUAGCCUGAUUUCGGCCUCAUUGCAACACGGAAAUGUUUUGACGGGCCCCACACGAACCCUGAACUCACGACGAAGGAAUUGGAAGAAUUGGAAGAAUUGGAGCGCUCGAUUCGAGUCUGAUGCGGAAUUCUUUCCGCUUCAGAAUUUUAGUUGCUCUCGGGAGCUGGUGAUCGUCAAAUUGCGCAAAUAUGUCACCUGUUGCUGUGACGAUCGAGGCUUAAGAGGUGGGACCUGUGCAAGGACGGAUGAUAGGAUGCUGCUGAACGUCGUUGUCGCACCGUGGCACCCGCGAGUUUGUCGUGGAAUGCACGCAAGAAUUAGCCGACCGUCAGAAUAAGUCUUUUCAGUUAUCAAGUUUGCUCCUCCACGACGUACGAUUUCCGUCACUUCCGACGAGUUUGUGUAGAACGCGUUUCUUCGAAGUGAAAGAGCAAUUUUAAGGACGGUUGCGGAUACUUUUUGAAGGAGGAGGUUGAGUUUGGUGUUAGACUCGUGGAAUCUGGGGGCGCAGUCCUGUGUUGCGUCUGGGGUCAUCAGUCCUGAGUUUCGGUUGUAAUUAUCAGAGGUUGCGAUUCCUGGUCUAGUAGAAUCGCUCGUUGCUGAAUGCUUCAGAGAGCGCGUUGUAAUCAUCUGAAGUUGACAGCUUAAGUAAGGAAAUAUGGGUGAGCGGAAGGUUUUAAACAAGUAUUACCCGCCUGAUUUUGAUCCGGCCAAGAUCCCGAGGCGCAGGCAGCCUAAAAACCAGCAGAUUAAAGUUCGCAUGAUGUUGCCAAUGAGUAUCAGGUGCAACACUUGCGGAAAUUACAUCUACAAGGGGACAAAGUUUAAUUCGCGCAAGGAGGACGUCGUCGGAGAGACGUAUCUGGGCAUUCAAAUUUUGAGAUUUUAUUUCAAAUGUAGUCGAUGCUCGGCUGAGCUCACAAUGAUGACAGAUCCUCAAAACAGUGAUUAUGUCAUGGAGACUGGAGCAACUCGGAAUUUCGAACCGUGGCGAGCUGCAGAUGAGGCCCUGGAUGACGCGAAGAAGAAGCGAGAUGCAGAAGAGCUGGGUGACGCUAUGAAGGCUCUUGAAAAUCGCACCCUGGAUUCUAAACAAGAAAUGGACAUCCUUGCAGCUCUUGACGAAAUGAAGUCCAUGAGGGCACGUCAUGCAAGUGUUGGUACGACAGAAAUGCUGGAGGCCUUGAGACGCACAGCAGAGUCGAAGGAUAAGCAGUUAGCAGAAGAAGACGAGGCCUUAUUGCGCUCUGUUGUCUUCCAGAAUUCCUCAAAUUUUGUAUGGCGUUUAGACGACGAAGAGUUUGAAGAGGAUUCAGAUUACGAGUACGAGGAAGAACUGCAGUUGCAAGAAAGAAAGAGGAGAAAAGGGGAAUCGGCAGAAAAAGAAGGCGAAGAGAGUGACUUAAAUCCGUCACAAGCAGCGAAGACUUUAGUGGAUCAUAUACCAGAAGCAAGUCUUGAAAGUCAGCAGCCGAAGGCCAAGGCAGGCGAGGUGAGGGCGGCAUUUGCAGUAAGACCUAUGGCAGUCAAGUUUGCAAUCAAGCCGAAAGCUUCCAAUGGUACUACCGCCACAAAGGAGGAGACUAAAAUUGUACGAGCCAAUCAGAUGGAGGAGGAUUCAAAGGACAAACCCUCUGGAGCUCAAUUUAGAGACAAUGAGGAACCGGUUGAUCAUGGUCUUCGUGCUCUCUGCUCGUCUUAUGAUACCAGUGACUCAGAGGAGUGACACCAAGGGGACGACAAUGCACUUCUGAAGCCCUACUCCCGUCCGAUCUUUUGCGACACCUGAAAGGGAUUAUGAAAAUUGGCCCUCUACGCGCAUAGUUCUGCGGACCUUGCGAAGACGAUUAUGAAGGCCUUAUUUGGAGACCCAAGUUUCGUAGAACAACACCGUAUUUUGAACUGGGUUAUCAUGCUGAACAAAUGUUCCUCCGGCGCUGUCGCCAUAUCCCGGCACUGAAGUCUUUUCCUACUGGACUUCACCUUUCUUAUAAUGAUGAUUCAAUGUUGGAGAAUCAAGCCAAGUUUCACAGUGGCCCUGUUUACAGCAGUUCGUCGAUCAAGCUGAGGCAGAAGUGUAUGCAUGAGGUUUUGGAAAUUCAUACGUUUUGUGCUUAUCUUCUGCACUAAAUUUGCUCCUAAUAUCCUGAUUCAGCCACCACGUGAACACAUCUCCCGCGGCCAUGUCUCAAAGACUGAGCUCAUGACAUCCUGUUUUUUUGCUUGACGGUAUCUAUGUGGUCAGCGUAGAAAUUCAAGCCGCACUUUGAAGCAAAUAUUAACGAAGGGUUCAGGAAGUUGUUAUUAGCCUGAAGGGGGUUUAAACCGGAAUCCGAAUCUAUGGAAACUGGACCACGCAGUAAACUUAGUACACGUACUCUGCCGGAACUACAGAUAGUGCGAACCCACAAAGUCACUUUUUACGAAAUUGUAUCUGAAGAUGCCAUGUACCGAGAAAUUUGCUUGAUGGGACCCCAUCAGAACGUUCAGUACUUGAUGGGACCCAAUAAGUUCCAUUUUACCCGAUGGGACCCUUCCGACGGCAAUUCAAUCCACUGUUCUACUGCGAGUUUUUGUAAUUGCUUUCAAACCGAGGUAGGAAAAACACUGAGGCUCUUCGUUUAAAAGUGAAAUGCUAUUCUC